AUGGGUCUCGCAUCCAAGCUCGCUGCUGCCGGCCCUCCGCCUGGAGGCCCGCCCGGCGGCAGCUAUCCUCCCCCCGGCGGCCAGCAACCUGGCGGAUACCCCGGUGCGCCUUCGUACCAACCCUACACCCCCGGCGCUCCCGGCGGUGCUGCUCCUCCUGCCUACCCAGGAGGCUACGGCGCGCCCCAGCAACCGCCGUACCCACAGCAACCGCCGCAGCCUGGAUACAAUCCUAACGCCUACACGCCACAGUCUCCCGCCCAACCCUAUCAAGGCUACGGUUCUCCUCCACCCGCCUCGCCCUACACUCAAGCGCCGCCCCAGUCUCCCUUUGGCCAACAACCAUCAACGCCGUUUGGUCAACAGCAGGGCGGCUACAGCAGGCCGCCACCUCCUCCACCGCCGUCCAGCAGACCCGGGCUUGCGGCUGCAGGAAGUGCGCCUACUCCCCAGCCAGGCUAUGGACAACAGCCGCAACCCUAUGGACAACAGCCGCAAUCCUAUGGACAGCAGCCGCAACCCUACGGACAGCCCCCGCAACCCUACGGUCAACCGCCGCAACCAUAUGGCCAGCCCCCGCAGCCGUACGGACAACCUCAGUCGCCGUUCGGACAGCAACAACCAUACGGACAACCACAAUACAACCAGGGCCCGGGCUAUGGUGGAUAUGGUGGUCCUCCCGGCCAACCUCAGUAUGGCGGCCCUCCCCCCGGCGGCGCUCCGGGCGGCGCGCCCCCGUCAGGCCCGCCCAACCCCGCCCAGGUGCAAGCCUACAAGCAGACCCUCAUGGCCGCUGUGCAGGAGAACAACCUUCAGAACUUCUACCCGCCCAACUCGCCUGCUCUUGACCAGCUCGCCCAGCGCGCCUCGCACCAGAUCGCCCAGCUGUGCCAGCGCUGGCGCUUGCCCCAGGAGAUUGGCAAUGACGUUGUCAAGCUCGGCUUGUUUGACAUCUUCCUCUACAUCGAUGACUCUGGCUCCAUGCAAUUUGAAGAGAACGGCGAGCGCAUCAAGGACCUUAGGCUCAUCCUGGAGCGCGUUUCCUACGCUGCUACCCUGUUCGACGAUGAUGGCAUUUCCGUCCGCUUCAUGAACUCCCUUCCUCCGCCGCAGGUGACCGAGCAUAUCAAGACUGAGCAGCAGAUUGAGCAGCUCAUGUCCCAGAUUCAGUUCAAGGGUCUCACUCCCAUGGGCACGCAUUUGAAGGAGCGCGUUCUGGAUGAGAUUCUCCGCCAAGCUCGCGCUGGCCAGCUCCGCAAGCCUGUGCUCGUCAUCACCAUUACUGAUGGCCAGCCCGCUGGUGAGCCUCAGAAUGCCGUUUUCGAAGCUAUCAGGAACACCACCUCCGAGCUCGGCCGUAUGCCGCAAUAUGGACCGGGUGCCAUUCAAUUCCAGUUCGCUCAGGUUGGCAACGACGAGAAGGCUCGCGAGUUCUUGUCGAAACUCGAUCAGGACCCUCAGGUGGGCUCGUUGGUGGACUGCACGUCCAACUACGAGAACGAGUCAGCCGAGAUGGCCAGGUCCAACCCCCCUGUUGACCUGACGCCUGAGCUCUGGCUUGUGAAGCUCCUCCUUGGUGCCAUUGAUCACUCUUACGACCGCAAGGAUGAGAAGGCCGGUGGCGCUCCUCCGCCCGGCGGCUACGGUGGUCCUCCUCCCGGCCAGUAUGGCGGCCCUCCUCAGGGUUACGGUGGCCCGCCUCCGGGCCAGUACGGCCAGCCUCCUCAGGGCUAUCCUCCGCAGGGCGGUUAUGGUGGUCCGCCUCCCGGCCAGUACGGUGGUCCUCCGCCUGGUCAGGGCGGUUACGGCCGUCCCCCGCCCGGCCCGCCGCCGGGUCAGGGUGGUUACCCUCCCAGGUACUAA